AGCACGUGGGGACAAUUCUGCAAUCUGAAUGGGAGAGCUUUUGCUAACUGUCUUUCCCUAAACAUGGCAGCACAUCUGAAAAAGCGGGUUUAUGAGGAAUUUUCCAAAGUUGUUCAGAUUCCCCAUGAAGAAACUCCAGCGAAGAAACUUCGCCUUUCCAAACCCAGCAAGUCUGCAGCUCUGCACAUUGACCUCUGCAAGGCCACCAACUCCACCGAUGCCCUGCAGUACCUGCUGCAGUUUGCACGCAAGCCUGUGGAGGCAGAGAGCGUGGAAGGUGUGAUCAGGAUCCUGCUGGAGCACUACUACAAGGAGACGGAUAACUCUGUGAAGCUGAAGAUUGCCUCUCUCCUAGGCCUGCUGUCCAAAACACAUGGCUUCAGCCCUGACUGCAUUGUUGAUGAUGCCAUUAACACACUUACCAAUGAGAAGUCUCAUCAGGUCCUCGCCCAGCUGCUGGACACUCUGCUGGUCAUUGGGACACAACUACCUGAGAGUCCUGCAGUCAGACUGAGGCUCAUAGAGGUGGCCUACAAGCACCUGUCCGAUACGUAUUUUGGGGUGAGGAACAAAUGUCUGCAGCUCCUGGGAUGUGUUGGCCUGGUUGACACGCCUCUGACUAAAGGCAGUGAGGGACCGGGCACAUCUUUAGGAUGUGUGAGGGAUGUCCAGAGUAUUAUCAGUGACUACUUUGCAGACCAGGACCCCAGAGUCCGCACUGCUGCCCUCAAAGCCAUGCUGCAGCUUCAUGGGAGAGGAAUGAAGAUUCAUCAGAUCAUUUAUGAGCAGGCCUGCAGGCUGCUGACAGAUGAUUACGAGCAGGUCCGAUCAGCAGCAGUGCAGAUGGUUUGGGUGCUCAGCCAGCUGUACCCAGAAAGCAUCGUACCCAUCCCAUCAUCCAAUGAGGAGAUCCGGCUAGUUGAUGAUGCGUUUGGGAAGAUCAGUCACAUGGUUAGCGAUGGGUCCUGGAUGGUUCGGGUGCAGGCUGCAAAAACACUGGGUUCGAUGCUGCAGGUCAGUCCGCACUUUCUGGAGCAAACUCUGGAUAAGAAGCUGAUGUCAGAUCUCAGAAGGAAACGCACAGCUCAUGAACGGGCCAAAGAGCUCUUUGCUUCUGGAGAAUUCUCCUCUGGCAGGAAGUGGGCUGAUGAUGCACCAAAGGAGAAACUGGACACCAACACCGUUAACCUGAUUGCCUCGGGCGCCUGCGGAGCCUUUGUUCAUGGACUGGAGGAUGAGAUGUUUGAGGUCCGUAUCGCGGCGGUGGAGGCGCUGUGUCAGCUGGCCCGCUCUUCCCCUAGCUUCGCCGAGAAAUGUCUGGACUUCCUGGUGGACAUGUUCAACGAUGAAAUCGAGGAGGUGCGGCUGCAGUCCAUCCAUGUGCUGAGACAAAUCUCCACCCACAUAACGCUCAGAGAGGACCAGCUGGACACCGUGCUGGCUGUGUUGGAGGACUCGUCUCGGGACAUAAGAGAAGCUCUCCAUGAGUUACUGUGUUACACCAACGUUUCCACCAAAGAGUGCAUCCAGCUGGCUCUGCUGGAGCUGCUGAAGAACCUCAACAAGUAUCCCACCGACCGCAACUCUGUCUGGAAGUGUCUGAAGUUCCUAGGUUCCCGCCACCCGACGCUGGUGUUGCCGCUCGUUCCUGAACUGCUCAGCACACAUCCGUACUUCGACACACCGGAGCCCGACAUGGACGAUCCGGCCUACAUCGCCGUUCUGGUGUUGGUGUUCAACGCUGCCAAGUCGUGUCCCACCAUGCCGGCGCUGUUCUCCGACCACACCUUCAGACACUACGCUUACCUGAGGGACAGCCUGUCCCACCUCGUCCCACCGCUAAGGCUGCCGGGCACGAAGCAGGUCUACAGUCUGGACUCUGCAGACUCGGGUUCCGGUUCUGGUUCUGUGGAAUCGGCCCAACUCUUCCUUCAGCAGAGUCUCAGCAGAGUCAGCACCAUCCACAACCUGGAGACGGCCGGAGCUCAGGACCUGCUGGACUUCACCAUCCGAGACCUGCAGCGGCUCGGCGAGCUGCAGACAGAACUUGCUGGAGCUGCUGAUUUCUGUGCCACAUACCUGCGCUGCCAGCUGCUCCUCAUGAAGGCUCUGCAGGAGAAGCUGUGGAACAUGGCCGUCCCUCUGUGCCUCAAACAGAACGUCACAGCCACAGCAGCAGCUCAGCAGAUUUUGGAGGAAACCUACAAACUGGAGUUUCUGUACAGCGGUUUGGAGAGCAGGCAGGUGGCCACCAUUCAUCACAUUCGCCUUCAGGCCAAAGCCCUGCAGCUCAUCCUGACGGCUCGCACCAGACAAGGGUUGGAUCUCCUCAUCAGCAGCUGUGAGAAGUUUCUGCAGGAGGUUGAGUCUUUUCAGAGGCUCUUCCUGACCGAGCUGCCCCACUUCCAGAACAGCUUUGUGGAUAAACUUCUGGAGCUGAUGCCCUGCCUGUCCACGUGUAAGCCAGUAGAACUGGUGAAGAUCCUGCAGACGACUCUCAGACAGAGCGGCCUGCUGCAGCUCAGACUGCCUGAACAGAUCCAUCAGGCAACGGCCACCAUCAUAGAGCCGACGGGGGAGUCGGACAACCCGCUGAGGUUCACGUCCGGUCUGGUGGUGGCGCUGGACAUCGAUGCCACGCUGGAGCACGUCCAGGACCCCCAGAACACUGUGAAAGUUCAGGUUCUAUAUCCAGAUGGCCAGAGUCAUGUGAUCCAUCCCAAACCUGCAGACUUCAGGAACCCUGGACCUCACAGACACCGACUCAUCACACAGGUUUACCUCUCACACACCGCCUGGACAGAGCCGUCACAGAUUGAGGUGCGCCUCCUCCUGGCCUACAGCUCCUCUUCCGCCUCCCUCUCCUCGCCCUCCAACAAACUGGGAUGGAGCGACAGCAUCGACGGGCUGCCGCCAACAGAGGCCGCCGUUGAGGGCACGAUUCCAUUCAGCAAACCUGUAAAAGUCUUCAUCAUGCCCAAACCGGCCCGACGUUAAGGAGAAAACUACUUUAUCUGGAUUUUAUUUCAGACCGGUUUCUGGCUACUCAUCAGCCAACAGCUACGAACUAAAAGAUAAAAACUUUACACUCUCCAGAACAAGUUUGAAAGACUUUUUUCUGUAGUUAAAUGUUACACAGACAAACUGAUGGAGAUUAAUGUCUUUGAUUUAUUUCAUGCAGCAAACAAACAAAUACAUUUCACUUCAUUAAAAAUAACAGAUUUUACUUUAAA